CUUGCUGGUCAACAUCAGCCUCAGCGACCUGCUGGUGUCCCUCUUCGGGGUCACCUUUACCUUCGUGUCCUGCCUGAGGAACGGCUGGGUCUGGGACACCGUGGGCUGCGUGUGGGACGGGUUUAGCAGCAGCCUCUUCGUUGUCAGCAGACGCUUUGUCUUCCAGAAUGGCGGACAGUCUCCCCACAGAAUUCGAUGUGAUCAUAAUAGGGACAGGUCUGCCUGAAUCCAUCCUUGCAGCUGCGUGUUCAAGAAGUGGUCAGAGGGUUCUGCAUCUCGAUUCAAGAAGCUACUAUGGAGGAAACUGGGCAAGUUUCAACUUUUCAGGAUUGCUCUCCUGGUUGAAGGAGUACCAGCAAAAGAGUGAUGUUGCAGAAGAAAGUACUGCCUCGUGGCAAGGCCUGAUUCAUGAAACAGAAGAAGCCAUCACUCUGCGCAAGACGGAUGAAACCAUUCAACACACAGAAGUUUUUUGUUACGCCAAUCAGGAUAUGGAUGACAAAAUUGAAGAGACUGAUGCUCUGCAGAAAAAUCCUUCCUCACUGACAUCUAGUACUCUCACUAAACCUCUGGAUUCUGCAUGCUUGUCUGAAGAAACACACUCAUAUGUCACUAGCUACGAAAUGCCCGCCAAAGACAUUCCAAAAAAUGAUGGAGAGAUUUCACUAGAAGUAAGUGGUGUAGAGGGCACCUUGGCAGAAGAAAAAUAUUGUGGAGAUGAAACUUGUAGACACACAGUUUCAGGUGGAGAUACAGACGAAAACAAACCUAUAGAGGAAGACAACACUGAUCAACUAAAGAGAAAUAGGAUUACUUACUCUCAAAUAGUUAAAGAAAGCAGGAGGUUUAAUAUUGAUUUGGUAUCAAAGCUCCUGUAUUCUCAAGGGUUGCUGAUUGAUCUUUUAAUCAAAUCAAAUGUUAGUCGUUAUGCAGAAUUUAAAAAUGUCACUAGGAUUCUUGCAUUUCGAGAAGGAAAAGUAGAGCAGGUGCCUUGUUCCAGAGCAGAUGUCUUCAAUAGCAAAGAACUCACUAUGGUUGAAAAGAGGAUACUAAUGAAAUUUCUUACAUUUUGUUUAGACUAUGAACAACAUCCUGACCAAUACCAAGCUUUCAUGCAAUGCUCAUUUUCAGAGUACUUAAAAACUAAAAAAUUAACCCCCAACCUCCAGCAUUUUGUACUGCACUCCAUUGCAAUGACAGAAUCAUCUUGCACUACAAUAGAUGGCCUUAAAGCAACAAAAAACUUCCUUCAGUGUCUUGGACGGUUUGGCAACACUCCCUUUUUAUUUCCCUUAUAUGGCCAAGGAGAAAUUCCCCAGUGUUUCUGCAGGAUGUGUGCAGUUUUUGGUGGAAUCUAUUGUCUUCGCCAUAAAGUUCAAUGCCUUGUAGUUGACAAAGAAUCUGGAAGAUGUAAAGCAAUUAUAGAUCACUUAGGUCAAAGAAUAAAUGCUAAAUAUUUUAUAGUGGAGGAUAGUUACCUUUCUGAGAAAACAUGCUCAAAUAUACAGUAUAAGCAGAUCUCCAGGGCAGUGCUCAUUACAGAUCAAUCUAUACUGAAGACAGAUUCAGAUCAGCAAAUUUCCAUUUUGAUAGUGCCUCCAGCGGACUCAGGAACGUGUGCCGUUCGUGUCACUGAAUUAUGUUCUUCAACCAUGACGUGCAUGAAAGACACUUAUCUGGUACAUCUGACCUGUUCCUCCUCUAAAACAGCAAGAGAAGACUUAGAGUCAGUAGUAAAGAAACUAUUCACUCCGUAUACUGAAGCAGCAAUAAAUGAGGAGGAACUUACAAAGCCAAGACUCUUGUGGGCUCUUUAUUUUAAUAUGAGAGAUUCCUCCGGAGUCAGCAGAAGCUCAUAUAAUGGCUUACCGUCCAAUGUUUAUGUCUGCUCUGGGCCCGACUGUGGACUGGGAAAUGAGCAUGCGGUCAAGCAAGCUGAAACACUGUUCCGGGAGAUCUUUCCAAGUGAAGAAUUCUGUCCCCCACCUCCAAAUCCAGAAGACAUUAUCUUUGAUGGUGAUGAUAAACAACCAGAGGUCUCUGGAACCAAUAACAUAAUCAUGGCCAAACUAGACUCCUCUGAGGGAAGCAAAAACCUAGAAAGCCCGGGGAAACAUCUUGAAAACUAGGAAGAAGCAAACUGGAAGUGCUAUUUUGGGCCUUCGUCCUGGCAUCAGAGUAUUUUCAUUUAGAGGACAGUUUCCUAUAUGAGUAAUUAGAACUGGUUAUAUGAUGGAUGCUGCGUAGAUGUUGUCUUUAGUUCUGUUUGAGACAUCAGUCAUUGGAUGUCUUUGUUAACCUAUCAGUAACUGAUUGACUGUGGACAAGGUUAACUUUAUUUUAGUAUUGGGUGUAUAAGUGAGGGUUCCAUAGUAGCAACUGUGCUUAACGGCAGGUAAUAUAUUGUAUUUGUCUAUAACAACAAUAAUACCUAAGGAAUAUUUUAAUUAGUUUUGCAGUUAUUACAGUUGCUACCACCUCUGAAUAGUUACACAGUAAAUUAUGUGGGUGUUUUGUAUAUGAUAUCAAUGUACAGACAUGAUGGUAGCAAUAGCAACUUACGCAAGUGCCAACUGUUAGAAGAUUAGCUUUGCAUGUUCCUUUAUUUGUCAAGGUCUGGUGUUUACAAUACACUUUGCAGUUCAGUUCCACUUUGCAGUUCAGUUCCCCCGUUUGACUCUUGUUAACCUAUGAGUCAGGGACACCACCACAAUCAAAAGAUUACAGAAAGUGCUGGAGAAUUCAUUUAGUCAUUGAAGAGUUCAUUCUUGGGAAGUUUGUCCCAAAGGAAAUCUAGGGCAUAAGGUUAGUUCUGAUUUAAUACUUCAGAAAAUUGCUGCAGAGCCCUGUGCUGGCACCUAAAAGAAAAGAACUUCCAACAACUCUAACUCAGGCCAAAAGGAAAAAGUAUCUUGCCCCCAGGAAAAGGUACCUCAGAUUGGCUGUUAUGAAAUUCCUAAGAAGAAGUGGAGUGAGGCAUUUCUAACCUGGGAUUACAGAUGGUUUCUCAAAACCAUCCAUAGAUUUCUAAACAACAGAAACAUUUUUUUCCUAGAACCAUCAGAAGCCAAAACUGUUGUACUACAGUUGUGAAUAUCUGUGGAGUUGCGAGAAGAGGUAAACUCCAUCCACUUCAGUCUCCUGUUUCUGUUCCUUAGAAUGAUAAUCCUAUAGGAAGAGAGCCCAUUAAGCCAAUUUUUGGUUCCGGAAUGGAGCAUUUCUAUGUGUUAGGCGCUUAUUGUGCUUUCUAAUUACAGUUUCUCAACAACCCUGUGAGGCUGAUAGUGAAUAGAUUUUUAAAGAAGAAAGAUAAUUAUUAAUUUGCUCAGGGUCUGGUAUGUGUAGAAGAGCCUAGGCUUUCUUCUAACAUUAACUGUUAUAAGAGUGCCUGUACUGCGGGAGGGGAAACAUGCUCCUGGAAGUCAGUGCAGCAUUGCUCCAGACUCGGGUCUCUCAGCUGAUUCUCAUCAGGGAAAUGGGAAGAUUAGGAUUAAUUAAAAAUAUAGUUUAGAGCAGUGGAGCUCCUGGCAGCAGAAUUUGGCUAAGUUUUGAAAAGUAAUGCUUUUUAGAGUAUCUUUUGAUCUGAACAACAUGUUUAUAAGAAAUGCAGAUGUUACUAGGCUAAAAGGUGAGGAAAAGGAGAAAAAGAUUUAAGAAAUUUACAGCUUACUGGAAACAAAUUGUGAAUUGGUCUUAAUAUUUAUGCAUAUUUUGAAUGUGAUAAAGUGGUUUUAUGGGGUAUAUUUUUAGGUUUAAACCCAUCAAGAUAAUUUCACCAUCUAUAGAACUAUACUUUGCUGAAUUAUUGUGAGGAUUAAGUUAGGUAAUGUGUAUGAAAUCCUAUCCAAAGGAAUGCCCCUAGAUGACAUUAAUAUAUAGAUUUAUUACACUUCCACUCACCAUUCCAACUGAUACUUUGAAUAAUUUGACAGAAUUGUGUAAAGUAGGAAAAUAGGCAAGGAAAGAUAGAUUUGUCUUUUUAACUUAGGGGGAAAAAAUGAGAGUCUUGCCCUUAAACUCCCUACUCAGCAUCAUAGUAUAUUUAGAAAGUUUAGGAUUUAAAGACAAACCAAUUAAAAAACAAGUAAUUAUGAAAUAACUACUGGUGGAAAGACUAGCCUGGAUGUCGGUAUGAAAAAAGAAUCGGGCCCACUUUACAUAUGAUAAGGCCAUUCGUUCCAGAUGAAUUAAAAUGUUGAUUAUAAAGGUAAAAAUAAAAAGACUACAAUUCUCAUCCCAGCAGUACAAAAAAAAACUUUAUGGCAGUGAAAAACAUUAUUGGGAAAGUAGGUGAGAUCAACUAAAGAAAAAUGAAAAAUGGACACCAAACAGGAAGAAAAUGAAAAGAUUGGGUUAAAAAAAAAAGCGGCUAGCAUUACACAUGAAUAAAGUGCUUAAUGUUUUUUAAAAAGUAGAUGCAAAUCCGUAAGGCUUUCUACUCUUUACUAAGCAUAUUAAUGAAAAGAUACAAAUGAGAAGCUACAAAUAAAAGUGAAUUCUUGGAAUGAUAAUUCAGAUUUAAAUAGUAUUAAAAAUGCAAAUUGAAACAACUUUGACCUAGUUUAUGCUAUUACAGCAAAACAUUUUAAAAUUCACGUGUCUUCAUGUCAGUAGCAUUAUUAUAUUAGUAAUUUUUAAAAGAAUUAUUUAGAUGAUUACAACAAGAGCUCUGUAACCAAUCCUUUUUUGCUAGAUCAACUCACUUCGAAUAGCAUAUGCCUACAGAAGUAUUUAAAAGAAAAAUAAGCUACUUAUACAAAGAUAUUUCUAGCAAUUUCAUUCAUAUGGGUUUAAAAAAAAAGCCCCAAAUUGGGAAAUGGAUGAGCAGAUUUUGAUGUAUUGGUAUUGCUGUUGUAGACUGUUAUAUAGUCAUUAAAUGAUAUUGCUAUAUGUAAAAUUGUAUGAACAAAUGUUAAGUGAGAUUCAAAAGUGUUAAAUUAUUUUAUGUACUGAUUAUAUUUAUGUAAAAAUUUACGUAUCUACAUUGAGAAGAAUCAGAAGAAAACAUGUAAUUAAUUGGAGUUUAACAAUAAGGGGUUCUUUAUUUUUUUUCUGUAAAAUAUUGUGUGCAAUACAAAUAAAAAAUAAUUGGUAACGUGGUUUA